AUGGCAUUGGCAUCCUGGUUUGGAUGGAAUGAACCUUCCAGUCGUAUUUCUCAAAGAAGCCCAAUGGAAAUGGUGACUGAAACCCUGAUGAUGGAGCUUGACUGGCAGAUCAAAGAAGCUGAGAAACAACAGCGGGAGAAAGAAAACGAGUAUCGCAAGAUCAAAACAGGAGUUGAUUAUGGCUGGCUGGUUAGCUAUCCUAAGCAUGGCUGUGAUAUCAGUCCAGGGGAGCGUCUGCAGCUGGAGGAUAUCUGUUCCAAAAUACAUCCAUCCUAUUGUGGACCAAUCAUUAUUAG